AUGAGAAUCACAAAAAUAAUACCAUUAUUGAUAGUGUCUUUGUGUGCAGAUGAGGUCUCUCCCUUCAGUUUCUUUGGAAAACACCUGGGAAAGCGACGGCGUUCGAUGAUCAAGUCGAGUGAAGAUACACCAGCCUUUUUUGCAUCGGCAGUUGUCGAAAAGGUCGUCGAUGUAUCCGUUCCUUAUGAUGCAGCUGCAAGGUUGGCUUAUGAAUCUUCCAACAAGACAGUUGCAUUUGAGCGUUUCAAAACGGUAUAUCUUGAAAGAGCAGUGGAGCUAGUCAAGUCCAAACAACAUGGAUAUGUACCUUCUCCAGUUUAUGAACCUGCUGAUGUUUCCGUUCCUUACGACGCUGCUGUCAAACUAGCCUACGAAACUAGCGAAAGUCGGUUGCUAUUCGAAGCAUACAAAAAAAUAUACAUAGAAGAGGUGGUGAAUAUGGUAAUCAGAAAGAACAACGAGAGAAAACGACAGGAGUUUGCUGCAAAAUUCAACCCAAAGCCACCGAUUUCACCGCCGCCAGUACCCCCGGUUGUUGAUGAAAAAUUAGCAAGAUUGAUUGGAAAAUUUGAGCAGAGCAAGGACGUGACAGUUGCGAAGAUUACUGAUUUUGUCAAGACUAUUGAAUUUAAAAAGCCAGAGGUGCAAGAAGGAGUCCCCGAAGAGUCAAUAAAGGGAGCUGCAUUGCUUACAGCAGGCUUAGCACUCUUGUCCACUAAGGGUGUUGUCAUCUCCGGUGCUGCCGGAAUAAGUGCAGCGUUUGCGAGUAUGCAGAAAGGUCAAGUCGGUGAUGUAUUUCGAAGCUUUGGAAGUGUAACCUGGGAUGCCACUGAAGCUGCCAUACAAUUGGUACGCGCCGCAUCUGCGGAUGAACGAGUGACGGGACUUUCCAACGAAUUGGCAGCAAAAGUGACAAGAGCGAUUGAUCAGUACCAAAGCGAACAAAUGGCCACCAAAAAGAGUGUGUAUGCUCCCAAAAUGGAUGAUUCUUUGGCUACCGAAGAAAUCAUGCAAAGCUCUCCGGAGCUCGUAGCUGAAUUUUUGGAGCAAGUAGAAGCGGUGAUCGACCAAGCUGAUGCGGCAAUGGCUCUCGCUGACGAAACGCUGGGUAAGGCGGACAUGAAGCUAGAUGAUGUGCUCAUGGAAGAGGAUGAAGCAGAAACGGGCGAAGAAGACGAGGAUGAAGUGGCUACAAGUAGCAAUAUCAGUAACGUAUUGGAAGAUGAGACCGACGAACUCGAUGAUGAUGAGGAUGCUGUCAUAGAUGCUGACAAUAUCCUAGUGGAAAAUGACGAAGGCACUGUUGAAGAGGACGCCGAAGAAGAGCUGGCGGCUGAUGAAGAUGAAGAUGAAUGGGCAGCCACAUUGGAACUUGCGCAGCAGGGUGUUGGUGGAAAAAUCGUUGGCAUGGAUGAAAUUAUCGCUGAUAUUGGAGCGAAGGCUGAUUGGGAUGCUGCUACUAAGCUCGCCGAGGAGCUCAAUCAAGUUGGUGAAAGUGAAGCUGACGAGGAAGAAGCUCCCAUGGUCUUUGAUGACGAUGAGGAGGACGAGGAGGAGGAGGUAACGAGCAAUUCUGAUGAGGAGGACCUCGACGACUUCAUGCCUGAGGGGGACUUGGAGGCUAUUGCCAGUGCUGCCAGAGAAGCAGUGGCAAUGUCCAGUGAAACUAUCGUAGAUAACGAAGAGGAGGCAACGAGCGAUUCUGAUGAGGACGACCUCGAUGACCUGAUUCCUGAGGGGGACUUGGAGGCUAUUGCCCGUGCUGCCAGAGAAGCGGUGGCAAUGUCUGGUGAAACUAUUGCAGAUGAUGAGGUGGCAAUGUCUGGUGAAACUAUCGUAGAUGACGAAGAGGAGGCAACGAGCGAUGAUGAUGAGGACCUCGACGACCUGAUGCCUGAGGGGGACUUGGAGGCUAUUGCCCGUGCGGCCAGAGAAGCGGUGGCAAUGUCUGGUGAAACUAUCGUAGAUGACGAAGAGGAGGCAACGAGCGAUUCUGAUGAGGAGGACCUCGACGACCUGAUGCCUGAGGGGGACUUGGAGGCUAUUGCCCGUGCGGCCAGAGAAGCGGUGGCAAUGUCUGGUGAAACUAUCGUAGAUGACGAAGAGGAGGCAACGAGCGAUUCUGAUGAGGAGGACCUCGACGACCUGAUGCCUGAGGGGGACUUGGAGGCUAUUGCCCGUGCGGCCAGAGAAGCGGUGGCAAUGUCUGGUGAAACUAUCGUAGAUGACGAAGAGGAGGCAACGAGCGAUUCUGAUGAGGAGGACCUCGACGACCUGAUGCCUGAGGGGGACUUGGAGGCUAUUGCCCGUGCGGCCAGAGAAGCGGUGGCAAUGUCUGGUGAAACUAUCGUAGAUGACGAAGAGGAGGCAACGAGCGAUUCUGAUGAGGAGGACCUCGACGACCUGAUGCCUGAGGGGGACUUGGAGGCUAUUGCCCGUGCGGCCAGAGAAGCGGUGGCAAUGUCUGGUGAAACUAUCGUAGAUGACGAAGAGGAGGCAACGAGCGAUUCUGAUGAGGAGGACCUCGACGACCUGAUGCCUGAGGGGGACUUGGAGGCUAUUGCUCGUGCGGCCAGAGAAGCGGUGGCAAUGUCCAGUGCAACUGCCGUAGACGAUGAUGAAGACGACGAAGUCUUCGUUCCUUCUGUCGAUUCAGACUUUGAUGAUGUUGAAGCCAUGCUUCCAGAAGGAGACCUUGAGGUCAUUGCACGUGCUGCCAGGGAAGCGGUAGCAAUGUCUGGUGAAACUCUUGUAGAUGACGAUAAGUUUUCAGACUCUGACUUGGAGGCUGUUCAAGACAUGCUUCCAGAAGGAGACCUUGAGGAAAUCGCCCGUGCUGUGGCAAUGAAAGGAAAAAAAGUCAUCGAUGAUAAUGACUUCGAAGAUGACGAUGAGGAUGUUAGUGACAUGUUUGCAGAUCAAGGGGACCUAGAAACUAUCUCCAGUGCAGCGAAAAAUGCAAUAGCUAUGUCCAGCGCACCAGGCAACUCCCAGAGAUCGGAUCUGCCACUACCACUUCGAGAUUGGUCAAAGUUGACUGUAAGUUUUCUGCGUGAAGAGUGCAAGGUCCGAGGCAUCAAAGCAUAUGGCAAAAAGUCAAAGUUGGUUGCCAAAUUGGAGCAAUAUGAAUUGGAAGUCUACGAAAGUGAACAAACACCAGGAGUCCAAGCCGCGAAAGAAACCAGCAGUGAUGACGAUUUGGAUUGGGAGUUCGAAAUGGAUGGCAUCGACUUGGCAGAAAUUGGAAAACAAGCCCGAGCUGCAGUCCAAGCCUAUGAAGACGAGCAUAAUGACGUUAAUAACGAUGAUGUUUUGGAAGAGGGAUCACCAGCUGCAGUUCAGCCGGAAUCUACUGUUGAGUCAGAGUUUAGCGUACCAGCCGUGACUGACUUCUCCAAACUGACUGUCAUUGAAUUGAAGGAUGAACUACGAAAAAGGGGACUCAGAUUGAGCGGGAAAAAAGCAGACCUGAUAGAACGACUGCAGUCUUCGUGA